GAACACUUCGUCCUGGUCACCUCAAACAUGUUGUUCACUCAUGCGACUGCGAGACUGUUGCUGCUAUCCUUUGCGGCUGCCGCGCCGCCAUCAGCUUUAAAGAGGGCUGCUUCCAUACUUCCUCUGUCGACCAAGGGACGCGACAUAGUCGAUGCGAAUGGCGAUGUCUUCCAUUUCAUGUCGACAAAUUGGCCGGGCCACCAAGAGAUUAUGAUUCCCGAAGGCCUCCAGCACUCUUCUGUCCAAGAUAUCGUGUCGUGGUUUCCUAAGCUCGGCCUCAACUCGGUCCGUAUGCCGUUUGCAAUCCAGAUGGUGGAUGACUAUCUUGCGAAUAGCCCAAAUCAAACUCUCGAAAAGAGCGUCCUUAACGCAAUUCCGGGUACGAAUGGUACAAACGUCCUGAACGCUAUCUUGGAGAAGAACCCGCAGUUCACCAAGAACACGACAAGGCUGCAAGUGUGGGAUGCUGUCGGCAAGGAGUUGUCGCGUCAGGGUGUCAUCAUCCACUUGGACAACCACGUAUCGAAGGCCUUCUGGUGCUGCGGCGAUGACGAUGGCAAUGGCUGGUUCGGCGAGAAAGAUUUCGACGUCGAGAAGUGGAAGCGAGGUUUGGCCUUCAUGACGAAGCAUGCGAAAGAAAACUGGUCAACGUUCUCGUCGAUGGGAUUGCGCAAUGAGCUACGAGCUGCCAAGGUAGCUGAGCCCGUCGACUGGUAUACGUGGUACAUCCAUAUGACUGCUGCUGCCGACGCUGUUCAUGAGGCGGAUCCGAAUGCUUUGAUCUUCUUCUCUGGUCUCUCGUACGACACCGGUACAUCAACCGCGAACAAGACUGCGAAGUUUGUCCCCGAUAGCUUUGCCUGGAAGGACAAGAUCGUUCUCGAGAUCCACAAGUAUGACUUCGAAGCCACCCAGGAUGACUGCGCGACCUUCAAGAGGAAGUGGUAUCAGAAGGGCUUCCAGGCCGUCAACCCCGACGACCCAGCGACUAAGUACACUUUCCCGAUGGUAAUUUCCGAAUGGGGAUUCAUCCAAAACGGAACAUACUGGAACCAAACCACCUACGCUGGAUGUUUGGUAGAGAUGGUGAAGGAGUACCAGGUUAGCUGGCAGCAUUGGGAGCUCUCAGGUAGCUUCUACCUCCAGACUCGUCCUAACCGAACUCCCAACACGCUCAUAGGAGCGGAUGAGGCUUGGGGAUUGUUGAACUACGAUUGGUCUGCACUUCGAUCGCCUGUCACCCUAGAGAACAGCUUGUACAAGAUGAUUGAAGCGUUGAAGUAG